GAGGUUCUGAAGAUGGCUCCGAUCUGGACAAUUAUUUUAUUUCUCAGCACAAUAUCUCCAGCUCUAGCUGUGGAUUUUUCCAGGCCAUCAUUCCUCUCAGUGAAGUCUGGAGAACGUGUUACUCUUAAAUGCCCAUUUGGAGACAUUCGUAAGGCUGAAAGUGUGGUCUGGUACAAACUUGUAUUUGGAGAGAUGCCGCAAAAAGUGGGAGAAAUAUUAGCAUAUAAGGAUUUAAAAAUUUGGCCGGAGUUCAAGACUUCAGGAUUUAUAAUGUUGGUGACUGAUAACGGCAUUUCUCUAACAAUUCCACACAUAAAAAAAGAUGAUGGAGGACUUUACUACUGUGAAAAAUGUAACUUGGAUGAUGUUUCAUUAUCCAAUGGAACAUUCUUGGCUGUAACAGGUGAUGGAGAUGUAAAAGUGUCAGUGUUCCAGAGCGGCGUGUCGGACUCGGUUCCUGCAGGAGAGUCAGUGACUCUGCAGUGCUCGGUUCUCUCUGAGAGCAGAUCAGCAGAUCUCCAAGUGCUCUGGUUCAGAGCUGCUCCACCACAAUCCCAUCCUCAAAUCAUUUACACUCAUCACAACAGCAGCCAUCAGUGUGAGAGCGGCUCUUCUACACACACCUGUGUGUACAACUUCUCCAAGAACAUCCUCAGCCUCAAUGAUACUGGAACUUACCACUGCGCUGUGGCCGUGUGUGGGAAGAUCAUUUUUGGGAACGGGACCCAAGUACAAUUGGAGAACGUUUCAGAUUUGGGUUGGUAAAGUGUCUGAAUAUUAUUUGGAUUUCAACAAAAGCAAAUUUGUCAAUUGUAAUUGUUCUCUUUUGUUAUGUAUUUGUUAAAAAACAAUAAAAAAUAAAAAGUUAAAAUGA